AGUAGCUCGAGCCCGUAUAAUCCCUACGGCCAUCAUCCAAGAACGCCUUCGACAUCCGAGGCGCUACAUUCUCAACCUGUUUUAACAUUUCAACCAGCUCAGACUCCUGCAUCUCCGGGUAGCCGCAGCUCAAAUAAUCCCUACGGCCAUCAUCCAAGAACGCCUUCGAGAUCCGAGGCACUACAUUCUCAACCAGUUUUACCAUUUCAACCUGCUCAGACUCCUGCAUCUCCGGGUAGCCGCAGCUCAUAUCAUUCCCACAAUCAUUCAAGAACGCCUUCGAGAUCCGAGGCACUGCAUUCGCAACCCGUUCAAGCAUUUCAGCCAGUUCAAACAGCUCAACCGGUUCAGACUCCUGCACCAGCGGGCCACACAAACCCAGAUUUGACCCGGCCGACGACUCGAGCAAUGAGCCCAAUAAUAAUUCCGAACUUGCAUUCAAAGUUUUCGGCCCGAGGAAAAUACGACCCAGAGAAAAUGCUAUCGUCACAUCCGAUUUAA